CACCGCCAUUCCUUUCCCCUCUAUACUACUUUCUCACAAAACUCACCCAAGUUCGCUAAAUACAAGUACACACGUCGGAACAACCCUGAUCAAUGCCUCGUGGGUGGUACCUAGCCCAGGGGCUAAUACCGCUCGGCUCAAGCAGCAGCGAUGACGAGGAGGGUCCUUGUGAGCUCCCGGACGGCCGGCUGGUCUGCGGUCCCCAUGGCCUGGUAACCUGCGGGAAAUGUUGUGUAGACUACAGCUUCAUGGAUGACGUUCUUGGUCACGACAGCGAAAACGAAGAGCAGGAGGAUGAUUUAUUUGGCCUACUCGAUGGCUUCCCCUUGAGAAGAUGUACCGGUCGGGCCUUCCCCACCAAGUUCGUCCCACCAUCGGGUUCAGAGACUCCUUUCGAGUUAUUCUCUGGCCGGAAGAGCUAUAUGCGUGUUACCAGAUACACUUUCCGAAAUGAUGCCGGCAAAGUCCUCAUUCGCACCGACGGUGCAUGUCUAGACAACGGCCAACAAAACCCAAAGGCAGGCUGGGCUUUCUGGCACGGGUUUGGUCCUUCGGGCAAGCGACUCGUCGCCUCUGGCCGCCUAGAGAAGAAGGGACCUUUCGGCGACGAUAGUAUUCAGUCCAGCAACCGGGCGGAGCUCCGCGCUGUCAUCGCCGCCCUUCGUUUCCGAUACUGGCCCGGGGAGGGGUUCCACACACUUGUCGUCGCUACCGAUUCCGAGUAUGUGGUUGAGGGCUCCACCAAAUGGGCUAAGACGUGGGUCAAGAAUGGCUGGGUAAAGCGCGGAGGGGCCGGCGUCAAGAAUCGGGAUCUCUGGGAGGCUCUACUGGGUGAGAUCGAGCGAUAUAGGGACGAGGGCAUGGCUGUCCAAUUCUGGAGGAUCCCGAGAGAGUGGAACAUCGUUGCUGAUGCAGCUGCAAAGGAGGCUGCCGCUGAGGAAGAGGCACCUAAUGAAUGGACAGAAGUCAUUGGGUUCUAAUAAUUUAGAUUAGGGAUGGCGAUACAGAUUGCAAUGUCUCCUACGAAUUCAACUAUCGUUCGCUCCAGUCUUACAAAUCA